UCUUGGCUCUCUUUGUUUUCCUGUCUCAGCAUCUUUCCCAGUCUCGAAACGAUGAAGAGUGGUUCGAAGAGGAAGGCGAGCCAGAAGGAAGAUAGCAAAUCUCCCGACGAUCUCUCUAAGGAAUCUACCAAGGGUUCCAGCAGAGGUAAACGAGCCAAAGUUCUUGUUGCUCGUACACCUGAAUCUGAGCCUGAAUACUUUCCUGAUAACCGCAAUCUGGAAGAUUUGUGGAAAAUUGCAUUUCCUGUAGGCACAGAGUGGGAUCAACUGAACUCGGUCCAUCAGUUCAAUUGGAAUUUUUACAACUUGAAAAAUGCAUUAGAAUAUAAUGGAGAGCUUCAUGGGAAGAAAGUUUACCUCUUUGGUUGUACAGAAACUCAAUUGCUCAGAUUCAAGGGUGAAAAGAAAUUAAUCCACAUUCCUGCUGUAGUGGCGGUUGUGUCUCCUUUUCCCCCUUCUGAUAAGAUUUGUGUUCGAAUGGAGACUGAAGAAAUAAUAUCAAUGAGCGAAACGAAAAUGGACUGGGUUCCUUAUAUUCCUUUAAAAGAUAGGGACAAUCAAGUUGAGAGAUGGAAGUUGAAAAUUUUUAUACUGAGCUGCACUCAAAGAAGGGAUGCUUUGAGACACCUGAAGCUGGAGCAUAGCAAGAAGUAUGCGUAUUUACCUUAUUUCCACCAGCCCGUGAAGGAGGAUGAACUUGAGCAGAGUAGAGUUGUUCAGAUCUUAUAUCCGGCUGAACCAGAACCUGUCGUGUGUGAAUUUCACUUGGAACUUGAUGAACUUGAGGAAUUUACUGAUGACCUAAUUGAAAGGGAACAACUAUCUGAAGAUCAGAUAGACUCUUUCAAGGAAUUUGUCAAGCAGAAGAUCAGAGAAGCGAGAAAAAUUAAACGAGAGGCAAGGGAAGCUCAGAAAAAGGCCCUGGAGGAAAUGAGUGAGGAUACUAGAGCAGCUCUUGAGAAUAUGCGGUUUUACAAGUUUUAUCCUGUACGAACACCUGAUACCCCCGAUGUAUCCAAAGUGAAGGUGAUUUUCUGA